UUUUUAACAUACAAACUGGCGCCUGUCGCUGUUUCCAGCUUCGACGCUCAGUUUUCGCUUUAGUUCGCUUUCAGACGCCGACGUGGGGCUAUCGUCGUAUUUCCUCCAGAGCGCGCGCGGACGUGUUUUCUUCAUACGUAAACUUCUACGAACAAACUUAAACUUUGAAAACUAUCAUCCGCUAAGUAUAAUCUAUCUAAUAAGUAACUAAUUUAACCAUUUUAGUGAAUCAAUUUACUUGAUAGAUACGUUUAUUAUUUUUAAACUUGUUGACAUUAUUAAAAAAGUAUAAUUAUUAUUCAUAAUAUAUUUUUUUCAAGAUCAGUGACCUGUGAUAGUGCCAGUUGAAAAGUAUUGUGUCGUGACAUUGUGUUUGUUUUUUUUUUCUUGAUAACAAGGGGUCAAUAAGCUACAUCCCUGAAGGGCUCCUUGCUGUAUAUCUCCGAGGAUUAGGAUUAAAGUUCUGCUUAAAGGAACAAAAAACCCGAGGUACCACUGCUCGAAGAACGUCAACUCGGCAUCCGGUAUCCGGGAAACAAGGAGGCCCGUAGCCGCACAUCAUGUGACAGCACAGACAUACGCAGAGGGGUUGCUAGUUAUACGAUAAAAUGUGUGAGCGCGCGUGUGUGUUUGUGAUGUGACGUCAAUGUCGUUGUAGGACUAGGACCCCCUAAAGCCGUGCCAUCAUCGAAAGACACCCUUCGUGCCUGCAUCGAGUUACCAUGGCGUCUCCUCCCGGCCCAUGUCUGUCACUCACGGUGAUAUUGGCAUUUUUUCUCGGCAUCGUCUGCUCUAAUCAAGAUGGAACUCUAUUAGAGGAAACGUCUCCGACAAAACCAGCACCGGAAGCGGACGAUUCGCUCCUUUCAAACUCGGAUUCGCUGCCAAUUUUCUUAGCUGAACCGAUGGAUGCCUACGUGGUAAAAAAUCGGCCGGCAACAUUGCAAUGUCGCGCCGCGCACACCCUUAAAAUUUACUUCAAGUGUAACGGGGCUCGAAACGUCGAUGCCGUUCAAUGGGAGUUCGUCAAUCCCCAAAACGGCGUGCGAAUAAUCGAGGCCGAGGCCAAUGUCACUCGGGACAUGGUCGAGGAGUUUUUCGGGAAGGAAAAAUUCAAGUGCGAAUGUCACGCUUGGAGCGGCAGAGGAAGCAUAAAAAGCCAACCGGCAACGGUGGAAGUUGCAUAUUUAAAAAAGCAGUUUGAAGUGAGCCCAAUGUCAUCAAGGGUAGAAAUAGGCCACCAGAUGGAACUACGGUGUGUUCCACCGGCCGGAUUGCCUCCUCCCAGAGUGUAUUGGUUACGAGGAGGACAACCUCUAAUGUCAGACACUGAUGUUUUAGUGUCCAGCGAAGGCCACCUCUUAAUUGGUCAAGCACGACCUCAAGACACUGGAAAUUACACCUGCGUCGCGGAAAAUAUUGCUGCCAAGAGGAUGGCAUCACCAGCUCAAAUCACCGUGUAUGUUAAUGGUGGUUGGUCACAAUGGUCAGCUUGGACAGAUUGCCACUGUCCUGGUUCAACCUUAGGAUCAGGUCAAAAAAGAACCAGAACCUGCACAAAUCCUACUCCUAGUAAUGGUGGGUUGCAAUGUCCUGGUAUCUCUGUACAAAGGACCAAGGACUGUCAACCAUGCCCUCCAGAACAACCCAAAUGGUCAGCUUGGUCUGAUUGGUCCCAGUGCACUGCAGAUUGUGUAAAAGUUAGAAAACGACAAUGUAUUGGGGUUGGAUCAAGUAGCAGUAGGAAACAGUGUAAUGGAAAAGAUACCCAAUCGACACCUUGUACUUCGGAUCUGUGCCCAUCAACACAACUACCAGGUAAGGAAACUUCUAUAACGAUGCAUUUAAAAUUGAAAGUUAAAAUUGUUGCGAAAUGAAUUAGAUACCUACUUA